AUGUUCGCGCAGACGUGCCAGUCAGGCUUCAUAUCGCUCCUGUACAGCGUCGGUCCGCGACCGCUGCAGCUCUGCGAGAAGCACGAGGAGGCUCCCGGGUGCGUGCGGCGCGUACUGGAUGAAGACGUGCAGUCGUCUGUAGUCGAGCUCUCGGCCGAUAACCUCGUGCGCACGUGGCUGCGGUUCCCUUUUGGAGCGGAAGAACAGCACCAAGAGCAAACCCUCUCGGCCUCGCUGCACAUUCGGCUGCGGCACCUGGUGCUAGUGCUCAAGAACCUGGAGCAGCACGUAUCCGUCGAGGUGCAUGUGGCCGACGACCGCGGCUCAAGGAGACGCUUCCGCUUCUCCACGUUCCAGAAGAAGAGCGCCGUCCACUCUCAGAUCGCUCUGCUACCGCUGCGGUUGGACAGCGGAUGGAACCAACUGCAGCUCGAUUUAAUGGAGCUCAUGCACACCUGCUACAACGCGCGAUAUGCGCACACCAUCAGCGUGCAGCUCCACGCGAGCUGUCGAGUGCGACGGGUUUACUUUGCAGAUCAAAUGUUUUCGGAAGCACAACUACCUGCCGAGUUUCGUCUGUUCAAGCGGCUCACCAAGCAGCAAACGCCGCAGUACCAGGAUCAAGAUCGUAGGCUGUGA